CUCCAGCUAAUAUAUGAGACAAAAUCAAAAUCAAAAUCAAAAACUAUAAUCAUCUCAUUUAAUUACGGAAAGUCUGUGUAAAAUUUUGCACCGCAGACUUAACGGUAACUAGAAUCUAAUUGGUUUUUUUUCUAUACACAAUUCGGCAGUGGUUACGCAAUCCUAUACAGUUUAAUUUUUUUUACAUUUGGUAAUUUGCAUGAAAUCGGGUCAACCAAGAGUUUUUUCUUGUCAGUAAAAUCGCAAAUAAACCAAUCUUAGCAAACUUGAAUUCAAGCUUAGCAUGCCAUUCGCAAUUGAAAUGGUUCGGGGAAAAAACAAAGUAGUCAAUUGAAGUUUAGCUUCAUUUGAUGUAGAAUCUUAACAAAGGCUUUUUAAAGUUGAAACCAAUUCAUUUAAAAAAUCUCCAACAAUCCGAAAAAAUACACAAAAAAUCCCCACUCGAGUUUCCAAUUUUGGUGAUUAAUGGUGCCCAAGAUGAGUUUUCAGUUUGGUACACCGAAAACAUUGUACUCAAAGUCGUUUGACUUCUUUCGGCAGCCAAGUAAAAAAUAUUCUCGAAUCGUACCGAAUGCAUCAUGGUGCACGAAACCGAUGUCGAUUCGAUCACCACCGAAUGAAGAUGAACUGAAGGCGUUUUUCGUAAGUUUUGGCUAUUCAGUUGAAAUUACGAAAAAAUUUCGUCGCAUUUUCACGGAUGAACAACCGUCGUCAAGCGAGAGUAUCAAAAGUGAUUCAUCUUCGGUCUCGAAUAUUCCGAAUCAACUGUACUGUGGCCACAUCCCAAGUGAUGUAACUGAACGUGAGCUGUUCGAAGCAAUCAAACUGCACGCAAAACCUACCGAAAUAUGUCUUAUGAUGGAUGCCGUUGCACAGAAACAUCGCGGAUUUGCGUUCAUUAAGUUGGCCAACGAAAAAGACCAGAGGCUCGUUUUGGACAAUAUCGACGGUUUCGAAAUACGACCUGGUAGAAAUGUGAAAUUGAGUGUUUACAAACCCAAUCGCUCCUUGUAUGUUGCAAAUAUACCAAAGUCGAUCAGCGGUGAUCAGCUGCGUGAUGAAUUCCGUAAAUAUUUGCUUGGCAUCGCAAAUGUAGUCGUCUAUCGACCAUUUAGCAAUUGCCGCAUAGGCGAUCAAAAUCGUGGAUUUUGCUUUUUGGAAUUCGAAUCUCAUGAUAUGGCCCGAGUUGCUAAACGAAAACUGGAACAAGAUCCGAAAAGAAUUUUUGCGAAUGCAGUUUUUGUUGAUUGGGCUGAUUCACUCGACACACCAUCCGAUGAAAUCAUGCAAAAUGUUCGCGUGCUUUACGUUCGAAACAUACACGAAUCGGUUACUGAGUCUCAACUCGAUCAGGUCUUCAGUCCAUUUGGUGAAAUUCAACGAGUGAAACGAAUAAAAAACUUUGCCUUUAUUCACUUCCAAAAUCGAUGCGAAGCAUUGGAUGCUAUGAAGUCAUUGCAAAAUUUGCAAUUAUGCGGUGAAAACCUAUCGAUAUCGUUGUCAUACCCACCGCUCGACAAGAAGAAGAAGGAAGAGGUCUUGAGAAUGCGACAAGAAAGAAUCAUGCGAGAGAGUCCCAUACGCAUCCGUUAUUGACAUUGAUUAUAAUAUUAUUUGAUUUUUAAACAUUUCAUUCAAUGUAUCACAACAUAUAUU